GAGAGAGAGAGAGAGAGUGUGUGUGUGCCUGUGUGUGUGUGGUGCUUUGAUGCAGAUGUGCAGUCGGUUUUAAAGUGUGUUUGAUAAGCGGGUCUUCACACUCAUCGUUCAUCCAUCAGUAAAAGAGGUGCUUUGGGAGGCGGUGUUGGUUUCGCCGGAGGAAAGCGCAAGGUAUACUACAUGAGCUCAAAGCCGUUUAGAGACGCAUUAGUUUCUAAGCCGAUCGCCGUUUGCUCGCUGGCGGCAGAGACCAUGAUGGACAGAGAGGAAUCCGUCGUGACCAGAGCGGGGAGAGUGGAGAGUCUGUGAAGCCGGCCGUGUGCAUCCGCAGGAAACUAAACACAAACCCCAUCCAUCCUGACGCCUGGACAAACGUAGGGGUACGAGGGUGACCCAUCGCUUCGCUUCUGCUGCCUUCUGUUUUGAUUUAUUUUUUCAACAACUUUUUUUUUUAUUUUUCUUCCGUGGGGGACAACAAUGGGGAAAGACGAAUGCAAAACCAUGCUGGACGCCCUGAACAAAGUGACCGCUUGCUACCGGCAUCUGGUCAUCGCCCUGGGCAGCACGUCGGACUCGCAGAACCUCCGUGAGGAGCUGAGGAAGACCCGCAGGAAGGCCCAGGAGCUGGCCGCGGCCAACCGGACCAAGCUGACCGCCCUGCUGAAGGACAAGACCAUCAGCAAGGACGACCGCGCCGAGUACGAGCGCCUGUGGGUGCUGUUCUCCAGCAACAUGGACCUGCUGGAGGUGGACAUGAAGAGGUCCCUGGAGAUCGGGCAGGACUUCCCGCUCAAGCUGCCCACCAGGCACCUGAUCGCCACGGGGAUGACCGGCAGCACCACUACGGUGGCCGCGCGGGCCAUGAGCGUGCAGAACAUGAAGUACGAGGCGGACAGCAACGUGGACACGGCGGACCUGAGGGAGCUCCGCACUGAGAUCACCCAGGUGAGCCAGAUGAUGGAGGAGAUGGAGAUGAAGGUGCAGGUGGCGCCGUGGGCGGUGGAGGCCAAGCAGGAGCCGGGCGCGGAGCUCAAAUCCAACAUGAGCGUGGGCAACUCCUCGGUCGGGGUGAUCUCCAUCUGCGAAGAGGAGCCCAAGGAGGACGAGGGGGGAGAGAGAGAGGCCGGCUCCGGGUCCUUCUGCGCGAUCCUCAUCUUCCUGGUGAUUCUAUUUGUUGCGGGGGUGCUGGGGUAUCUGGUCGUCAGCAUGUCCUGAUGUGUGUCAGGACUACCAACAAACAUUGGAACGAGGCUGGCCCUGGCACCGUGGCAACGUGGCACCGGUAUCAGAGCUAGAGCUUUUCCAAAGGUGCUUCCUAGAAAAAAAUGUGCGGAAACACGAUGGAAGAGGUUUAUUUUCAUGGUUGCUAUCUGAAUGUUAUUUUUCUGGGCUCUGAGGAUGGACACUACUAUGUUAGUUUAGAAAAAAUUAGGCGACACCAAAAUUGGAAAGGGGAUUUGACCGCGCGAAGACUUUUGGCGCUAAAUCGAAGCACGUUUUGAAAGGCGAUGUUGUAAGAGUCCACUGACGCCAAAUGAUGUGACAGCGUCGGGUUGAAGUGAAUAACGUUGCUACUGACUCCUAAUCCAAGUGGAUUAGGCCAAAAGCUCAUGCGUAAAUAUAGCCUACUGAUGCUAGUGGAGUAGUCCAUUUGAUGUCCUGAUUUCUUCCGUCGUAAAUUUAGUCAUUUCUAAGUACAACUAUUUCCAAACUAGAUGGCCAUUAGACAACUCAUGGUCAGGUGAUGUUGAUAAAGUCACAGUUAAUGACACAAGAUUGGAAUAUCACAAUGACUACUGCAUAGUAGACCCACUCUGUGGGACGUACAGAGAAUGUUGACCAGGACUUUGACCAUCACGGAACUCGCCACUCGGCACCUGCUGGGGUUCAUUUGCUGGGCUUCAUAUGAACAGUAUUGAAUGUAUAGGGGCAUCACGAAGGUGAGAAUAGAUGGUUUGUAAAUACAGUUUUGUGUCAGAUAAUGUACAUAUGAUGGAGUAUAUUUAUGAUAAUAAAAUGAUGAAAAGCAUCA